AUGUCAAGGUUGAAUCCGCGAGUGUCGGCAGCCCAGCGCGAGGCACUAUUGAAUUUUAUGGCAGAACAUACCCAAAUCGCGCUGGGAGCCGCUGAUAUCGCGCCGACGGUCACUCAGGUUGAUAAAGAUAAGCUCUGGGCUGAGCUCGUCGCCGAGCUGAACGCCAUUGGACCUGCAGUCAAAGACAGGAGAAGAUGGCAGCACUAUUGGACUGAUAGGGUGGCCGCCGCCAAAAAGAAAGCGUAUGAGUUCCGCAACAACAGCGGUGGGACGGGCGGAGGCGCAGUACCUGGCGAGGCCUGGACAAUAAUUGCCAUCAUCGACCCCGACGCCGUGGAGGGUUGCGGGGCACCGGCGGUGCCGGGGCCACAGGCUGUACCAUCGCCAGUAGCUGCGGCAGGCAGCUGUGUAUCCACUGGGGAAGUGCCAGGAACCAGUGGCACCGGCAGAGCAGAAUUCUGUUGACACAGUGACCGAGGAAUUCAUCAGAGGCCAUCAGCGACUAGUGGAGCUGGCCGUGGCUAGGCUUGCUGCCCUUGAGCAGGUACUCGUAUAACACAAAUUUCU